UUUCUCCACCCGCUUGAUUUUAAUGACAUUCAGUAGUACUGCACGCGUUUGUCUAUGUUAUAAUUUUACAAUUACAAAUCCUCAAUUUCUCUUUAAACAAAAAUUCAUAAUUAUAUGACCAGGUCUGCUUCCUUAGUAGGUCCUAAACGAGAGACAAUUUAACAAUUUAUUUUUCUCUUUUGCUCAGUUUUAGUCGUUAUCUUUGGGAAAAUGGAUAAAAGUAUUAAACUUUCCCAAAUUGUGUUGCUCUUAAUUUUUACUUGUUUUAUUGAGCCAGGUUCUUCCAUAAAAUGUUGGUCCUGCAGAUCGGAUUCGGACCCAAAGUGUGCAGAUCCAUUCGACAAUACCACUGUGCCGAUAAUAGAUUGUAAUCAAGAAGCGUCUCCUUUACACUUGGAAGGCGUGAAGUCUACACUGUGUCGAAAAAUUCGCCAAAAAGUAAAUGGUGAAUGGCGAUAUUUUCGCCACUGCGCAUUUUUGGGCGAGCCAGGAAUUGAAGGAGAUGAAAGAUUUUGUUUAAUGAGAACAGGUACUUACAACGUAUUUAUGGAAUACUGCACAUGCAAUAGUAAAGAUGGUUGUAAUACUGCAACUUCCAACCAAGUACAUUGGCUCACCUUCUUUUUCUUGACAUGUGCUCUUAUUGUCGGACGUGUUUCAUUCUAAAAUUGUUGACCGUUUGUAUAUUGUACAUAUUGUAUAUAUUGUAACUACACUAUACAGACUUAUAAUCUUUUUUUGCUAUAUUGUUUUCAAUAUAAAUUUGACACAAGAACAACAACAGCGUUUGACUAGAACAAAAGUUUUAAUUUUAUGGAUACAUUCAUACUAGAAUAUUAAAAAAAGUAACAUUUACAUUGCUCGACGGGAACACAAAGUUACAUGUAAACACAAAAAAUACAUGAAACUAAUUUUUAUAAAUAUAAAAAUGCUUCCACUAGUGUAAACAUUUCUCAAACGAAAUCAACAAGUAUUUAAGAUUAUAACAAACUAUAAACCAUAUUAAAAUUUAUGUAAAGUAUUUUAAAAA